GAGUCACUGCUUCUUUGACGUGCUACACGGACGGCAGGCGGCACCAGCUAUGUCAGGAAAGUACAGUGGCCCUGUUAAUACCUCCCCGUACUCUUUGAUGAGGGCCUGAGGACAAACCCGCAAGGUAGCCUUGAGCCUGUCACUACCAUCACCAUUAAUACCGUCUCGCCGGGGUUCAUACUACUAUACCGCCUUUUACGGAGCCUGUUCAGUAACAAGUACCUGUCCUAAGCAGCCGCAAUCACGAUGCAGCUCAUCCACAGUAUCCUCUUCGCCGUUGUCGCAACCGCUCUCCCGUCGACUGUGCAGGACUCAAAUCAACCGCAACUCAUUGGCAGCGAUGGAGCCUUGACGACAAGCGGUCAUUGCCACGUAGGCCAGCACUACUGCUUCAACUAUAUCAUCGAUGACCUCAGAGUAGCCAAGCAAGACAUCCUUCACCAGUACUGCGAUCAGAGGGCAGCGUACGACUGGCAGAGUUGCAACACAUGCAAGAGGGUACCAGUCCCACUGCCUAACUGCUGGGAUGGGCCGGGUGUCUGGUCGAGUUUGUUCAACUGUACCGGUCCGAAGACGUUCAAGUGGCUUGAAGGGUACCACGAUGCCAGUGUUGCGAGCGCGUAUUCUUCAGAGCGUUGCUACGAGUAAUAUUGACGAGCACAAUGAUAAAUGACUGGCUCCUGCAUGAUCGUUGACGUGUUAUGGGUGAACGCUUCGACGCUCGAAGAUGACGCAGCUGUCACAGCACGUGACGCGCUUGGCGAUAGAGCAGC